CCUCGUAGCCUUCUCCUCCUCCGGGUCUCGGGUCUCGUUGGAGAUCUCCCACGCGAGUGCCGAAAGCCCCACCUACUGCCCUCGAGGCAGAGCUGGGCCUAGUGUGUGAUCUGCCUGCAUAAACAGUGCUGCAUCCUUGUGUAACUUCCACUGGCUUCAUUGGCACCCUGCCUGCUUAUGUCAGAGUUGGCACUUGGUUCUCUGCUCUCCAGGACAAAUACUACAUAAAUACAUAAAUAACGUCCCUCUGCCUGUCCAUCCAUUCCCCCCACCGCUGCCCCAACUACAUGAGAGUGAUGGUACAGAGCAGUAGCUUGCUUUUCUUGCCCCAGGGCAAAAUAGUGGGUACAAAUCUGGCCGUGAACAGCUAACGCUAUCUUUACAAAAUUUUUGCUGACAUGUUAGGAAAGAUAGUGUUCUCCUAUAAUGGGCUGCCUGUUUUGAACGGUAUUUGAGAGUAAUCAGCCCCCUUAGCCCUUGGAUGUCUGCACAAAGGGAUUACACAAAGCUAUUGUGAAAUCCUGUUGUGUUUCUCAUAAACAAAGUGAAGCUGGACUCUUCCUGUAACCACUCUCAGCUCCAGAUAUAUUUAGGUGCCAGCACAACAGGACAGAUAAAAUAUAAUGUGAGUCUUGAGAACACCUGUGCUUGGGAUGCUUUGUGCAAAUGCCUCGCAGCCAAAUUCACCCAGGCUUGCUGGGACAUUUGCGAUCGAUAGCUGGGAAUGACUUUUAGCAGAAGCCACACUUUGCUGGCAGAGAACUCCACCAGUAUGCUGUGUGAUACACUGCUAUUCGGGACUUUACUAGUGUUCUGCUUAGGUCAAACGGGAGAAAAUCAGUAAGGCGUUUUGGAGAAGCAGAAGCUGUUACUUCAUGGUCUUUCCUUAGGGGCUAAAGGCAUACCAAGGCUUGGUAUGUGUUUGCAUGAAGUUAGUCCUCUGUCACCCUAAUGACCAUGUCAAGUGAACUCUAGUAAUUAUUUUCUCAGAAAAGGGAGGACCACCCACAGCCAGCCAGCACACUUUGGUCCAUCUCAACAGUUAUCUUGAUCAUAUGCACAGAAAAGUACUGCCUUGAAAGGGGAGUGAUUAAUUUGUAGAUAAACACAAGCCCACUGUUGUGUGGACUUGUGUGAAUUGUGUGUUUUGUUUCUGAAGCACAGAGACCCAGAACAAUCUCCAGUCAGUAUGUAUGUGUCCAGCUGAUGUUUCUGUCCCCAACAAAGAGCGAACUGUUCCUCGUGGAGUAGCCCGAGGUUGGAAAACAACCAUCAGUGUUUUCCCCGAGAGGUUGUUUUCCAUGACUCUUUUGUUUCUCACGUAUGCAUUGAGAGGACAUGUCAACAGCUGGGGGAGACAGCAGGGCAGACAUGAAGACCUGUAUUCUGUACAUAGCUAUAUAUGCACCCAUACCAUGUACAAUUAGGGGGCUGGGCAGGGGGCAAUUCUGACAGAAGCUGACACACAGCCUCACUGAUACCUCCAAAUAGGGGGAAAUCCGAGUACACUAGCUGUAACCCUUGCCCUUUACACAGAGAACAACAUGAAAGAACCCCUUAAGCAGUUUGGGGUCCCAGUUGUUUGCUGAACACGUAAAAUAAGAAAGUUUAGCCUACGUGCACUGCUAGUUUGCCUGGUUAUCUCUACUGCAUGGGGAAAAUAAAGGCAGUAAUAAAGGUUCGGCCUGCUUAUAUGAAUACCAACCUCUCCUUGGCCACUAUAACCCCUAAUGAAAAGAUCAGUUAAAGAGUGGUUACCCACAGAGGCGCUGUAAAUGUACUAAUUAAACAGUAAUUAAAAGGUUGCCUACGACAUCUCUGUUUAAUGUCUCAGAUGUAUAUCUGGGACUCAGCUGGUUUUUUGUAGAAUAGCUGACAAACAAUGUUUUUCUGUACUGUUGUCUCAAAGUCAAGGAGUAGAAACACGAGUAUAAGCUCAUAGGCACUAUGAAAGCUCGCAGUUUGUGGCUGUGCCAUAGCCUUACUAUUUUCAGCAGAUAUUUCUGUGCAAAACAUUGUAAUGAACUUUUACUUAAGUAAUGGUUUUCCAAGUGAGUAGCUUCUGUCCAAUUAAGGUCAAGCCUGUGAUACGGUCACCUAUGAUUUCCAUUUUUUUCUCUGUAGAUUCUAUCUAUACUUGUCCUUAACAAGCCCAGACAGGACCUUAAGCAAUAUGCUCUAAAACAAAAGCACUUAUGUCUGCUCUGUUGCAACGUUACUAUAGCCACUGGCAAAUUCAUGCAGAUGUAUUGCCAGUUGCCACGCACAGAUUGCUUCCCCAAGUCCUGGAUGAAUUUUUGCCAUUGACCUAAUUGUGUCAGGGUUGGAGGAGCUCAGUGGAGGUGUGUUGUAGUAUUCUUGGAGCACGGUUAAUGGUAGCUUUGAGUCACAUACUUAUAACUGUGACAAGUCUUUAGCAUAACAUGGGAUAAACAAACAGAAGAUAGCUUGAGAGGGUCGGAGAGGGAUAUGUGCGUCUCUGCUCACACCUUCUGACAAGUGGUCUCAACCCAAACGUUCCCGGCAGUUUUGCAUUUCUGCCUGAGCUUCGCACAGCAUCAGUUACCCUUGUGCUUGAUAAUGAUUCUGAUUUAAAAGAACUGAGACUCUUCAGAUAUAAAUGGCCUUUGCUUUUCCAAACGCUUACUUAGGAGAUGAUGCAGAAACCCUUACUUCCCAACAGAGAAGUUGAGCAUGUGAUGUUUAUGGUUACUACAAAUAAUAAUUUGGGGCAGCAAAGAUUUCUUUAUAUGUUCUUAGAAGAACUGUGGUUUUGUGCAGAUUUGUUUUCCCAAAGGAGCCUCUGAUGUCCCUGCUCUAAAGAAACAGAAGACCUAGCAAAUUCCAUAAUAUUUCUUAUUCUCACUUCCAGCAAAGCAGUCAAAGCAACACAAGUCUGCCAUCUUCUAAAGAAGCAGCUGAAUAUACUGCAGUGUUGUUCUGAGCGGGCUCCGUAUUCUCCCUUGCAAAUUGAGGAAAUAAAAUCUGCACUAACUGUAAUGAGGUGGUGUUUAGACCUGAUGCUCUAACCUACACAUUUUAUCUCUGUGCCCCAGUUUGCUACCAUUUCUACUGAUCUGGCCUUGAGCCAAAGACCAUUUGCUCUCUGGAGCUGCAUAUGUGGAUGUCUGCGUGCUUUUUGCCUGAUACCAGCUCAUUUGUCACAAAGGUUACAUGAAACUAUUGCAUCUCCUUCCUUGAACGGCCGACUUGAUUGAGAAAGCAAGUUCUAGUGCAUGCUUUAGAAUCAGUGUAGUUUUUCCACAGUAACGACAUCAAGAUAGUUUUUGUGAAUGAGACAACAGCUGGUCCGUGAGAACAUUAUCUGAAAACUUUUCCAAGUACGUGACUCCUGGCGAGCAGCUCACAUCAUCAGAGAUUGCGUGGAAUUUACUGGUCUUGCCCAAAUAAAAAGCUUCCUACUUCCAACACCACUCUUGACUUGGCAUUUUCCAGAAUUUCUCUGCUGAAGGUCAUGUUUUGGAAUCAUUUGGGUUCUCUGAGCAUGGUUUGGAGAAUUAAUCCUAGACUAAUCCUUUCUUCCAGCCACCAUGAAAAACCUUUCUAAACCUUCCCCUCCUCUGUCCAUAGCUUCCAGUCUCUCUGUGGGCUGUUUCUCAGGUUUACAUACUGCUUUCUACAUUUAGCCUCUUUCCAAAAUUAGGGUUAUUUUUAACGUAGAUCUGUUUAGGGAUCUGGCUAUCAGCUGAACCCCAAACUUCUUAAGCCAGCACUAAUACUCAAGCUAGUGUCUCAUCUAACUCCACAGAAAACCUGUGGUUCCGUCUAAGUGCUCUGAGGAAAUGAAGUGAAUUCAACUUCCCCCUACAAAUUUAUCUUCAUUCUGUUAUUGACAGCUUCUACUCAGAAUAAAGAUGAUGAAACAAAGGAUAGUCCAGUGUUUGAAGUCACUAACAGUCCAUACAAUAAUGCUCUCAAGCAACAAGAAGAAAGAAGUAGUUAGCAACCUUUGUAGCAGCCCAGCACCUCUUACAUCUCACCUGCCAGAUGGGCUCUCCAGAAGAAGGCAGGAGUUCAGUGUCAGCUCCAGCAGGAAUCGUUUUUCCAUCUGCAUCUUCCAGCACUCCCUCAGCUCAAUGGCACCCAGAAAGAAGUUACAGGGUCUUGUAGCAGCUACAGUCACUCCAAUGACUCCCGAUGGACAAAUUAACCUUUCGGUGAUUCGUCAAUAUGUGGAUUAUUUGGUAAGCAAGCAGAAUGUGAAGAACAUUUUUGUGAAUGGCACGACAGGAGAAGGUCUGGCCCUUAGCGUCCAGGAGAGGAAGCAGCUGGCAGAAGAAUGGGUGCACCAAGGAAAAGACAAGUUGGAUCACGUGAUCAUCCAUGUGGGAGCGCUAAGUCUACUGGAGUCCCAGGAGCUGGCCAGACAUGCAGCAGCCAUAGGCGCUAGUGGUAUUGCUGUAAUGGCCCCCUUCUUCUUCAAACCCACAAACAAAGAUGAGCUGAUUGCUUUCUUACGGGCAGUUGCAUCUGAAGCCCCUGCUGUUCCAUUUUAUUACUAUCACAUUCCUCCUCUGACGGGUGUAAAGAUUCGUGUUGAAGAGUUGCUGGAUGGGAUAAAAGAGCAGAUCCCCACCUUCCAGGGCGUGAAGUUCAGCGACACAGACCUCUUGGACCUUGCACAGUGCAUAAACAAGAAUGACAGAGAAGAGUUUGUAUUUCUUUAUGGGGUGGAUGAGCAACUGCUGAGCGCACUGGCAAUAGGGGCAAAUGGAGCGGUUGGAAGUACGUACAACUACUUGGGCCAAAAAAACAAUAUGAUGUUGCAAGCUUUUGCACAGCACGACCUUGCAUUAGCACGGAAGUAUCAGUUUCUCACUGGUGAAUUUCUUAACUUUGUCAUCAAACUAGGUUUUGGUGUUGCUCAGACUAAAGCUGUAAUGACUUUUGUUUCUGGCAUUCCCAUGGGACCUCCACGGCUUCCGCUUGUUCAGGCCUCAGAGGAAUUCAUCACCAAGGCUAAAGCCAAGCUAGAUGGCAUUGUCUGGCCUACCAACUGAUUUCACUUCCAUGUGGAUUUUCCACAUGGACGGUGAAUCCCUUUUCUGGGUUUCACUCUCACUUGGCACGCUCCCCGUGUGACAGGCUGAUUUGGCUGUGACUUCUGUCAGGGAAUUUGCAGGGUGCCUGAGCCCCUUUCUGUUAAGGCUGGUCUUGUUGGCACGCAUCUAGCCGCCUUUUCAUUUAAUCUUACCCAGCUCCCCUGGAUUCCUGCACAUCCCAGGAUGAGCUGUUAUCUUUAAAAUAAGCAAAUUUUUCCCCAGGAGAAGGGUCCUGACUCCUUUUGUACAGAAAACAAGAAGAUCUAUCUCUGCCCUCCACUGCUCCUUCCAGCUGGACCAUGCUUUAUCCUCCCCCUCCACCUUCACCAGCGUCUGCAGCACUGCAGUAUGUUUUUAUACACUGGUAUGACACCGUCUGGUUGCUCAGACUGGUAUUUUACUGUUUGUCAUGAAGUCCUAGUCCAUCACCAGCAACAAGUAAGGAAUCUGUUAGGUUGGGGCACUGCCCAUUCAUGUAAAAUCCUGUUUUUAUCCUUUGUCAUUGUCUUUGUACAUCUUCACUUAAUGCAAAAUUUAAAAAAUGUUUGCAACUAAGAGCUUUUGGCUUACUAACAAAUGGAUAUUUCUCCAUCUUUCUCCUUGCAACAAAACUGAAGCUGGAAUUGAACCGUAAGUCUCUGUAUGCAAAUGCAAUGCAAUAUAUACUGUAUUACAUUAUCAGGAGGUCAUCUGUGGUCAGAUUAAGAGGUCCUCUUUUGCACCCUGGACCUGUCCCUCUCCCGUGAUCUUAACCCUUCUCUUCUGAGGGCAUUUGUAUUUUGCAAAUGUAAUGCCCUCUCCUGCUAGGGCCGUAAGUUCUGACAGCAUUCUCACAUGCCAAAAUGAUUGCACAGUGUACAGGGAUAUUUGAAACGGGAGGAGAGGAGAUAGGGAAACGUGGAGAUCUAGUUCUAAACUUUUCAUAACCCAGGGUGUGAAAUAUUCUACUAAUUUCCUUCUACUUUGUAAUUACUUAACAAGAAAUAUGGACUGCUACAGGUUUCCUCUGUUUCCCCCCUUCCCCUCUGAAUUUGUGAGAAACUUAGGGAAGCUUUUCUCACUGCUUGGACAUGGGAAGAGAGCUGAAUCAGCCAUGGGUGCUGCAGAUCUCUGGUAGUUCACUGUGUAACUGUUACUCAGACAAAACUAGAUGGGGCCUGCAAAGGAGAAGCAUAGGAAAAAAACCACAACCAUGAACAUGAAACAACAACUGAUUGUUAGGGUCUUUUCUAAUAGAAACAAUACAAUAAAGUAUCUUUAUUGUAAUUCCAGUGCUGCAACUUACUGAUUAUUUUAGUACCUGGCACAUAGAAGUAAAUGGCACCUAGAUAAGGCAUCUUUAAAUGAUUGUUUUCUAACGGAUCCAGAUUAUUUUGGUUCAAUAAUUUUUAUACCUGUGUCUGUCUCUAUCAAAUCUUGAAACCUUUUAGUCAUAUUUUGACUCACUUCUGUAUUCAGUAUUGAUUAUAAAACAUUAUUUUAAAUACUCGUA